GAUGAAGGGGGAAAAUCCUGCCAGGAACAGAGAUGGGCUGCAACUUGAACCUGAUCAAGGGGAGAUACAGAGCAGUACCUUGAGAGCUAUAUAAGAAUCUGCUCAGCACAAGAGCAAAUACUUUUUCAGAUGAGGGACUCUCAGGAAUCAACCAUGCAUGUGAAUGAAGACACUGUUUCAAGAAGGCUUGGAGCCACUAACAAAACAUGUUUGUAUUUCAUCAUCGCUACCCUCGCUGCGUUACUCAUCUUUGCAUUAGCCACCAUCAUGGUCUUACUCUUUCAGAGGACGACAGCUGAUCCUGCCAUGGAGGGCAUCACAAAGCCUAUCAGGACAGGAAAUGUCUCUGAAGACUAUGUAAGAAUCCUACUGAAUGUCCCAACCAAGGAAGCUGCUGCGUACAUGAGAGUGUCCAAUCCAGUAAACAGUUCAAAACUGAGCUUGGUGGAGAAGGGUAUUUGCAAAAACAUCCAGUGCAAGAGUGAAGAGCUGGUGAUACAGAAACAAGGCUUCUACUUGAUCUUUUGCCACUUGAACUUUCAUUUUCCCAGCUGUCCAAACAGCCUCAUAGACAUCAAAAUAGAGCUCCUUGUGAAUGACAAAGUCAGCAGGCAAACGUUAUUCACAUGGUGUGCAGCAGAAAAAUGCCAAGAAAAGACUUUUAAGACCUUGUUCCAGCCCCAUUUAACAUACCUGAGAGUGAAGGACAGAAUAUCAGUAACACUUAAUCAUCCUAAAUUCUUGAAUAACAUUUCUCUUCCCAAUGAAAACGUUCUUGGGGUCUUGAGGUACAGUGAUGAAAUGUGAGCAGCUCUCUGACUUUCCACUGCUGCCAGACUUAUCUUUCUCUGAACACCAGGAGCCUGCUUUUACUAGGCAACACCUUGUUUUAAAUGUCCUAUCUUACCUCAUCGCUAGGGGAAAGAAGGAGCUUUGUCAGGGUCCCAGAACCAAACCUAAAACACUGCAAGACCCACACCUGACAGAUUCCUUUGGUUUGGCUUGGGGUAGGAUUGUUUUUGGGUUAUCCAACAAGUAACCCACCAAUCUGCCAACGGUUCCUCAAAACAACCCUGUGCAAACACAGAUUAACAUGUAACCAAAUUAUGAGAAGGGUAUACAAUAUUGAGCCUAAUAUUGAGACUAAUGGCCUGCUGUCAGGGUGCCUGUGCUCAGGAGGUGGGGAAAUCUUUUAAACUGAAUUUUAACAAGUAGUAUUUUGACAUAGUCUUUCAAAAAAAUGUAACAGCUAAAGCUUACAAUCAAA